UUCACCUUAGGCCACAUGGAAAGCAUGAGAAAUGUAACAGAAUUCAUCCUCCUGGGCCUCACUCAAAAUCCACGAAUCCAGAAUCUCUUAUUCAUUGUGUGUUUCAUGACCUAUUUGCUCACACUGGCAAGUAAUAUGCUUAUCUCCAUCACCAUCUUCAUCAGCCCAGCCUUGGCUUCUCCCAUGUACUUUUUCUUGUCCUAUUUGUCCAUUAUAGAUGGUAUCUACUCUUCCUGCAUAGCUCCCAAAAUGGUCAUUGACUUGAUCUCAGAAAGGAGCACCAUAUCCUUCAAUGGCUGCAUGACUCAGCUUUUUGCUGAACACAUGUUUGCAGCAGUUGAGAUAAUCCUGCUUAUUGCCAUGGCCUAUGACCGCUAUGUGGCCAUCUGCAAGCCCUUGCACUAUGUGACCAUCAUGAGUCAAUCUGUGUGUGCUUUCCUGGUGGGGGCCGCUGUGCUCUUAGGAUUUGUUCAUGGGGGAAUACAGGUCCUAUUUAUUGCCCAGUUACCAUUCUGUGGCCCCAAUGUCAUUGACCACUUCAUGUGUGAUUUAAUCCCACUCCUGGAGUUGGUUUGCACUGACACUCACACUCUGGGGCCCCUGAUUGCUGCCAACAGUGGGUCGCUGUGUUUGAUCACUUUUUUUAUGCUGGCUGUUUCCUAUGUCAUUAUUCUGUGCUCCCUGAGGACAUACAGUUCUGAAGGGCGCCACAAAGCCCUUUCCACCUGCACCUCUCAUGUCAUGGUUGUUGUGUUAUUCUUUGUGCCUUGUUCAUAUCUCUACCUGAGACCUAUGACCUCCUUCCCCUCUGACAAAGCAGUGACUGUGUUUUGUACCCUAAUAACACCUAUGCUGAAUCCUUUAAUCUACACCCUCAGGAAUGAGGAAGUAAAAAAUGUUAUGAGGAAACAUUGGGGUCAAAUAAUCAAAAGGGACAUUGAGUAA